AGUUAGAAAAAAAUGAUUUACGGCGAACGCGUGGCCGUGAAGAUGCUCAUCAACAUGUCAUUUGCACGAGGAGGAGGACGCGGGUCCAAGUCUCCACUGAGAAGAGAUCCUUCCACCGACCACCGGAAGAACCGACCACCGACCAAUGCAACCUGCCGCUCCGAAAAGGGAACCUGCCACCGACCGCCGGAACCUGCCGUCCGGACAAAGGAAGCUGCCACCGACCACCUUUCGCCCUCGGCCCUACUGCGCCUGGGGAUUUACACCCCAAGAAAUAGACUUAAAUCCCCAAGGCAUGUCUGACAGUAAACAUGGCAAGUGGACCGUCUCCAGCAGCGAGGAUGAGGAUGACGACGAGGCCAUUCCUCUCUCCGGCACUACAACGUCAGGGCCCCCUCGUCCUGCUUCUCCCCCCGGUCCCAAACUGGAACCAGUGACAGCCUCUGUGGAGGUGAAGCCAGAACCGUCCGCCCCCCCCGCUGCAUCCUCACUCGCCGUUGGCUCUGAGGCCAGACAGUCGCCAUUGACCAACCAGUUGAAUCCGGUGAAGUUUGAAACCAGUCCGUCGUUGGCUGGAAAGCGGAAAAAGGAGCCGUCGGACGGCUCGGGUUGGGCCCUCUCAGACAGUGACGACGAUGGUGGUGAUGAUGAUGGAGAUGUGAAGAGGAAGAGCCUCGGUAAAAAGGCCCCUCCGAGCCCCAAAAAGAGAAAACAGAAGGUGGAGACCGAGCGCCCUCCGAGUCCCUACGGUCGCGUCUACAUCGACGAGCCGGAGGACUUCUUUGAGUCCAGUGUUCCUUGUCUGGAUGACACCUACAGGUUUUACCUCAACAAGGUCACAGGUCUGGACAAGAAGUACAACAGCGGGGCUCUGCACAUCAGAGACAUUCUCUCGCCAUUAUUUGGGACCCUGAAAGAGUCUGUUCAGUUUAACUACUGCUUCGAUAUUGCCUGGAUGGUUAAGCAGUACCCGUCACAGUUCAGGGACCGUCCGCUUCUGAUUGUCCACGGAGAUAAGAGGGAGGCCAAGGCCCGGCUGCUCCAGCAGGCUGCACCGUAUCCACAUAUCAGCUUCUGCCAGGCCAAGCUGGAUAUUGCUUUUGGAACUCACCACACGAAGAUGAUGUUGCUGUGGUACGAGGAAGGCUUCAGAGUCAUCAUUAUGACCUCCAACCUCAUCAGAGCCGACUGGUACCAGAAAACACAAGGGAUGUGGAUGAGCCCCGUGUUUCCACGGUUACCAGAGGGCUCCGGCGAAGGCUCCGGCGAGUCGCCGACCUGCUUCAAGAGGGACCUGCUGGAAUACCUGGCGUCGUACCGAGCGCCAGAACUGGAGGAGUGGAUCCUGCGAAUCAAAGAGCACGACCUGUCAGAGGCCCGGGUUUAUUUGGUCGGCUCGACGCCAGGAAGAUACGUCGGCUCUGACAUGGAGCGAUGGGGCCACCUGAGGCUGAGGAAGCUGUUGUCGGCGCACACAGAUCCCGUUCCCGGGGAGGAGAGGUGGCCCGUGAUUGGCCAGUUCUCCAGCAUCGGCUCAAUGGGACUGGAUAAGACCAAAUGGUUGACGGGGGAAUUUCAGCGCACUAUGACCACGCUGGGGAAAUCCUCUCUUCGUCCAGACCCCCCCUUGCACUUGGUGUAUCCAGCAGUUGAAGAUGUGCGGACCAGUUUAGAAGGUUAUCCGGCGGGAGGCUCUCUUCCCUACAGCGUCCAGACGGCUCAGAAACAACUCUGGCUCCACGCCUUCUUCCACCGUUGGAAGGCCACUGCAACAGGAAGGAGUCAUGCUAUGCCACACAUCAAGACAUACAUGCGGGCGUCACCAGAUUUCACUCAGCUGGCCUGGUUCCUCGUCACAAGUGCCAACCUGUCCAAAGCAGCGUGGGGUGCGCUGGAGAAGAAAAACACGCAGGUGAUGGUCCGCUCGUACGAGCUGGGAGUCCUCUACGUGCCCUCUGCCUUUAACAUGAAGACCUUCCCGGUUCAAAGAAAUCCGUUUCCUGUCUCCUCAUCCGCUGGCUUCCCCGUGCCCUUUGACCUCCCCCCCACAUGCUACUCUCCUGAAGAUCAGCCUUGGAUCUGGAACAUUCCGUACAGCCAGGCUCCCGACACAAACGGCAACAUCUGGAUUCCCUCCUGAACACACACACACACACACACACACACACACACACACACACAGACAGACCUCUGUUACUUUACCACUGGUGUUUGUGAUUGUCACUACUAUAGUUACAGUAGUUAUUAGUUGUCAGUAACAUUUAUUUUUUAUAUUUUAUACCAGACUGAUUCAUGUUUUUUCUACCAAUAAAUAAAUAAAACGCUUUCAUCAUUGA